CUACGUGUCAACAUGCUAUAGGCUCGGGCGCUUCCGGCUUCUUCCUCUGGGCAUGAGAUUAACCGGACAGAUCAACAGUACAACAAGUGGAGAUUUGAACCAGACUCGGGGGGUUUCGCUCCUGAGACAGUUCCACCAUCUACCUCAUCGUGUCGUCUCUGGUUUCACCGAGGAGCCGUCGUCCGUCGGGUAGAGAGGAUCACUGUGCCCGGAGUGGAUCGCAGCCAUGAUGGCGUCCAGCUACAACGCCAAGGAGGAGGACGGGCAGCACCCUGGCGCCGCGGGUCACGGCGGAGCGGCGGAGGCGAAGAGCAAGAAGCCGGACAACACGGCGUUCAAGCAGCAGAGGCUACCGGCCUGGCAGCCCAUCCUGACGGCGGGCACCGUGCUCCCGGCCUUCUUCGUUAUCGGCCUCAUCUUCAUCCCCAUCGGCAUCGGCCUGUUCGUCACAUCCAACAACAUCAAGGAGUUCGAGAUUGAUUACACCGGUGUGAACAGUGAAAGUCCCUGCUACAGCUGUGCCAAUAACAUUAGCUGGAACAACACAACACCAUGUCUCUGCUCUGUGAACUUCACCCUGGAUCAGCCAUUCGAGAGCAAUGUCUAUAUGUACUACGGCUUAUCCAACUUCUAUCAGAACCACAGACGCUACGUGAAGUCCAGGGAUGACAGCCAGUUGUAUGGCGACCGCUCUGCUCUGAAGAGCCCCAGCAAAGAAUGUGAGCCGUACCGUACGAGUGGUGGAGAGCCCAUCGCUCCGUGUGGGGCCAUAGCCAACAGCCUUUUCAACGACACUCUGGAGCUGUAUCAUUUUGAUGUCAAUGGCACCAGAAAUGUAAUUCCUCUGGUGAAGAAAGGAAUUGCUUGGUGGACAGACAAGCAUGUGAAGUUCAGGAAUCCUGGUGUAAACAACAACCUCACUGUAGCAUUCCAAGGUACAAGUAAGCCGGUGAACUGGAGGAAGCCAGUGUACGAGUUGGACCCAUCAGAUCCUGACAACAACGGCUUCAUCAACGAGGACUUCAUUGUGUGGAUGCGCACGGCUGCGUUGCCCACCUUCCGCAAGCUGUACCGCAUCAUCCAGAAGAAGUCCAGCACCACCCCCACUCUACCCAGUGGCAAAUACGUCUUGGACAUUACUUACAAUUACCCUGUGACCAGCUUUGACGGUCGCAAGCGAAUGAUCCUGAGCACCAUCUCCUGGAUGGGGGGAAAGAACCCCUUCCUGGGUAUCGCCUACAUCACAGUGGGCUCCAUCUGCUUCUUCCUGGGUGUGGUUCUGCUCAUCAUCCACCAUAAAUAUGACACCCGCAACAGCAGUGCAGAUAUCCCAAACUAAACAGUUCUUCUGUUCUCUCUGCAUGCAUGUGGGACCCUGUGGGGUCCGUUCAGGACUGCUUGUUGAAUUUCUUUUUUAGUGUGAAUACACUGUUAUCUGUGAUUGUCUGUCGCGUGUUUGUGGAAGGACAGAAGCGUCUUCGGUCUCAUCAAAAGCCGUGUUUCGACGUAGGACGUUUAUUUUAAAAUGAAGAUGCUAGAGUCUGUGUCUCUGUGCAUUAAGCUUUAAGUUGGCCCCUGCGAUCGUCAUUGCCCGUCCUCAACUUCUUUUUUUUAUUCUCUAAUUUAUCUAUAAAUCUAUAAAGUGUCUAUUUUAGCAUCGCUUUGCAAAUGGCUUAAUUAUUGAAGGAUGUAUGUAUUUUUAAAGUAAUUGUCUGUACUAUUUACUGUUAUAUGUCCUGCUGAUGAAUGUACUGUUAAAUUCCAUUGACAUACCUCUGACGUGACCUUGAAUAGAGGAUGGGAUGAACAUUGCUUGCAUGCUGGUAACUAUGAUAAGCAUUGAUGUUUAACAAGACCUACUUUACUCUUGCAGAGUCAGAGAACAUUUAUAAUUAAUACCUACCAAUCUACCCCCUGCUAUGACUGGACGUAUAAGAGAAUGUGCCCAUCAUAUUCUAUAUUUAAUUAUAAGAAAUACUCCAAUACGAUCUAAUUCUUAUUAAUAAUGUAAACAUGAUUCUUUACAGCUACAUAUCCAGUGUUCUCCCUUUAGAAGCACCUCUGGCUGAUCAGAGCACAAAAUUAUAUUUUGGUUUUUACACUUAAGUGUGUAAAAAUAUCCUGCGUUCUCCGAUGUUGACCAAAUUAUACUGAAUGCACUUUAAAAGUGUCACAUCUGUUAGUUUUCCUCUUGUUUUCACUCCAUCUUCUGUCGUACUGUUGCGUUGCUGAUUAGUAAAUGAUUCGUUAACUGUUUAAACUCAAGUUAUCGGUUUUUAUAAGGUUUAUAGGGUCCAAUUAAACAACUUGGUCAAUG